AAACUUCAUGACCACAUAGCGGACACAUGCGGAGACAAACCGUCUUAAAAUAAUAACAAACGGUGUAGAAAGCAGUUUGCGGGCUUACGCGAUAGCCCUGCCACUUCCAAUCGUGUUGACACGCUAGCGAUAGUAAGCAUCCGCCUACGACGACUACUGACCGCACAACUCUAUAUUGCGCGCUUCCCGACACCGACAACAGCGACUUCACUCUGGAAAGCCCGCAUGCUGGCAGCGGCAAGUACUGUUCUGUUCUUGUUACAAACUAGUGGACGCGGAACGUCGGAACUAGCGCCAAACGCGACCGCGUUUCUGUAAAGGCGCUUUCGUGUUACGUGCUUAUUAAGCAUACCAGCAGCGACAUUGUUACGCUUGGUUGGAGCACCUUCCAAGGGUGCCAGCAUAUGGACGUGCAUCCCGCUCGACAUAUGGUUACAGCAGGCCGACAACGGGCCGCACGGCCGGGGCAACCUGCUGGAGGCGACUACGACCUUUUAGCGUGCCUUGCAGAUGCCGCGGCUGCUGCUCCGUUAGGAGCGCCAGCAGCUGCGCAAGGCAGCAUCUCACAGAAACCAGCUCUUGAUCGCAGCGCGUCGGGUCAAAUAGGACCCUCUAUUGAGGCACAGACGCUAACCAGACGCAACGCAAGCAGCGGCCGGUUAUCUCCACCGCCCUCGGCCAUGGACGCCGAUGUCUCUGGCAUCGUUGGACAUCAGGUCGAACGUGAGGUGCAGGUAACCUGCAACGGCACACACGGGACCUUCCUGCUGCCCUCACAAACCGUGCAGUGUCACUGCGCUCGCUGCAGCGCUGCCAGCGGCGGUGAGGACCAGCAACCACAGCAGCCGCCGACCACCAUCACCCCCACGGAGUUUGAACGCCAUAGCGGCCUGCUCACCGCAAAAAAGUGGCGCAACAGUAUUCGUCUGCUGCAGGGCGAUGGCACCAUCACCAUCGGCAAGUGGCUCGAACAACACAACAUCCUUCCUCGACCCAAAUGCAGCGGCGGCGGACCGCUGCUGGGCUCCCCAGGCGCAGCGUCAUUGUACGGCAGCGGGGCUGCAGCUCCUGAAGCCGCCGGUUCGUUCCAUCACAACCACCUUAACGGUUUACCCUCCGCCGGCAACGACAUCAGCCACGGUCAUGGCUACUACAGCAUGGGUCAUCAUCAUCACCACCAGCAGCAGCAGUCUUCCGGGCUUCCGGGCCAGCGAAACACGCUGCCUCCCAGUCGCUACCCGGCAUCCGAGUACGUGAUGGGGGAGGAGGAGGAGUACGAGGCGGAGGAGGCGGCGGCGGCGCAUCAGGCUGCAUGCAUGGGCCCGGGCGAACAUGAUCUGGACGGGGACGUGGCUGCUGCGGAUGACGACGGCAUGGGCGGGGAGGAGGGUGAGUUCGAGGACGGAGACGGAGGAGCCGAGGGCCGCGGAGAGCCCUCCGGCCGCAUGUCACGUCGGGCUGUGGCGCAGCGCGGCGUCAGGGUGGCGGGCGGACGACCGGACAACCGCCGCGGCAUGGGCCGGCUGCCGGCUGCAUUAGACCGGGCGGCGGGCGGGGGCGUCGGGCGCUCACUGCUGGCUCGUGCUCGCAGCCGUCAGGGCCCGCUGAACAGCGGCGGCGUGGGGAGCACUGUACGGAGGAGCGCUGGCGGCAUGGAGGCACGCCGCCGCGGCCAGGAGGAUGGGGCCGGCGGCGGCGGUGGAUCCGGGCGGCGCGGCGGCGUUCAAGAGCACAGCAGCAGCGAGGGGAGUCCGCCGUCGGAUGACAGCAAGCGGCGGGACGGGUCAGGUGGCAGUGGGGAGGGUGACGGCAGCGGCACCGGCGACGGGGGCGACUCGAGGAGGGCGGUGAUGGUGCAUGGUGGCGGCGGGGCGGAGCGGAGGAAUGACGGUUCAGCAGACCUGCAGGGCUUCAGGCGCUCCUCGCGACAGGCGGCCUCGGCGGCGGCGGUACGGCAGGGCGGCCGCGAGGGAUCCGCGGAACCCAUGGAUCGCUCCAUGCGCCACGCGGCUGCCGCCAAGCGACUGCCACCCGAGUACUCCACAGGAGAAGAUAUCGGGCCGGUGGUGAAGCGAGCGCGCACUCGUGGCGGCGGGGCCGACGCCGCGGUCAAUGGCGGCGGCGCGCGCGGUGGCGGCGGCGGCGGAGGUCUCAGCGCUGAGGAGCUGGCGGCCAUAUACGACACUACGCCUCAGAUCCGCGGAUGGCGCUUCCUGGGCCCCUCGGCGGGACCAGCGUCGGACCAGGUCCUCAUCAGCGUCUCCAUCAACGGCCGCACCUUCACCGGCCUCCUGGCUCCGCAGCAGUCCGUGCCGCCGCAGCCGCCGCCGCCCAACAUGGGUCGACCGCCCCUGCCGGCAGCCCUAGCUUACGGCAACAACAACGACAGCAAUGGCAGCAUGGCGGCCAGCGGCCGCAAGAUGGUUCGCGCUCCCUUGCCGGCGACGGCGGCGGCGGCGACGGCGGCUUCUGGACGGGGGUUGCCGCCGCUGGGACCCUCGAGGAGGGGGGUGCAUGCGGCAGGGCCGGCGGCGACGGGGACACCGUCGGGUCCGAUGGGAGGGACAUCCAAUGAUCAGGAGGUUGGAGGCAGUGGCUCGGCCCUCCCGCUUGCAGCUGACUCUGGCGACGCCCCCGCCGCUCCGCCGGCCCCCCUGGAGGAUGAACCUCCCUUUGACGACGGCCUCCCUCCCGACUGCCCUCGCUGCGCCCUGUGCCGUCGCUGCGAGGUGCCCCUGCUCGCGCUGCCGCCGCUACCACCACCGCCGCCUCCGCCUCCUUCCUCGUCGUUGUCAGCACAGACGGCGGUGGUGGCGCCGGUCGCUGUGCUCGCAAAGCCGACGACGACGGCACCCACAGCAGCAGCUGCUGACGCCGUGCUUCAGGAGCCUGUCAGCAUGACGGCCACGGGUACGACGGCGGCCUUGGGCCCUGAUGCUCUCAUGGACACCGAAGCAGCGGCAGCGGCCGUUGAUCUGUCGAAGCCUACAGUGGCAGCAGCGGCGGCGGCAGCGGUGGAGGGCCCUACCUCCACCGCCACCACCGCCACCACUACAACCAUGACUACGGCACCCACGCACCCCAUGACCGCCGCGGUUAAGCAGGAGCCGGGUGCGGCGGCGGAGGGAGAGGCUGGGGCGACGCCGCUGGGGCCGCUGGAGGCCGCAUCGCAGCCGCCUCCGCCUCCGAGCUCUCCGUCGCCGCCGCCGUUGGCUGCAGCUGCAGCAGUGGAGGUGGCGGAGCAGCCCAUGCAGCAUCCGUCUGAUCUCCAGGAGGGUGCACAUGCGGAGGCAGUGGCCGUGAUUUGCUCGGCGUCUGCAGCCGCAGAGGUGGUUGCGCAGGUGGCCGGAGAGGAGGGAAGGAGCGCUGGCGGGUGCGGCAUGGAGGUGGAUGUUGAGCAGGAGGAUGAGGACGGCCGUGGUGCUGUCCUUCCAAGGGAGGUCCUCGUUGCCGGCACAGGCGAGGAGGCCAAACACGAGGAGGGUGUGGCUGCUUCUGCUGCUGCUGUUGUUGUCCUGGAUGCACCCAAGACCUCCCAAGACCUGGAGCAAGGUGGUUCGCUGCCCGCUGCACCCGCUGCGUCGACGGCUCCCGCUGCUGCUGCGGCGGCGGCUGUAUCCGAGGUUCAUCUGGUAAAGUUGGAGGUCUUGAGAAGCGAGGAGGAGGGUGAGGCCUCAGAGCCCGGUGCGGGUGCUGAAGGCCCCGGUGCUGGUAUUGCUGAUGCUGCUGCUGCUGCGGCGGUUCCAAUUGCACCCUUGGUGGUGACGACGGCGGCGGCAGCGGCGGCGGCUGAGGCAUCCCGCACGGCACGUCAGAUGGGUUGCGGGCUGGGGCCGCUGGUGGAGGUCCGCGGAGGUGCAGGAGGCGGAGGCGCAGGCAGCUCUGAGGGCGGCGCGCCGACUCUGGUGCAUUCCCAGUGUGCGCUGUGGUCGCCUGACGUGUUUGUGAUUGGCGGAAGCAUGUACGGUGUAACGGCCGUCGUCAAGCGCGGCCGGGUGUGCCGCUGUGCGCACUGCGGUCGCUCCGGCGCCACCCUCACCUGCUGCAGCGCCAAGUGCAGCCGGGUCUACCACCUGCCCUGCGCUCUGGAGGCGGGAGCCAUGCUGGUGGCCGAGCCCUACUCCAUGGCGUGUCCUGAGCACCGAAACGCCGCCGCGCUGCAUCCAGCCGCCUCCCAGCCCCACUGCCGCCCGCCCGUCUCGCGCCUGCGUACCGCUCCGUCCCUGGACGCGCUCACUCAGUCGACUGCGGGUACGACAGUCUCUGGCGGUGGCGGCGGCGGCGGCAGCUCCUACCAGCAGAUGCCUCAGGUCGCACUGCCUAUGUCGCUACAGAUGGCAGCUGGGCGGAGGGUUGUGCAGCCGCCUCCACGAUCUGCUCCAGGGGUGGAACUGCACCCGCCGACGGCGGCGGUUGCGCGGCCGGCGGCUGGUGACGCCAGCGGCCUGCCCGCCCUCAUGAUGCUCCGAAGCCCGCCUGACGCCUUGGCGGCGGCGGCGGUGACGGCGCCGUCCAUGCCGCCGCCCCGUGCUGGUCGGGGUGGUGCCGUACACGUGGCUCGCGGGGAGGUGGAUGAGGCCGGAGUUGCUGACGGCGGAGUCGCUGAGGUGGCGGCGGCGGCGGCGUGGGGUGAGGGCUUUGAGCAGCACCAAGCCGCGGUGGCGGCGGCUGGCGGAGGUGUCGUGAUGCGAACGGCCGCUGCGUUGGCGGGCCUGUAUGGCAACAGCGGCGGCGCGAGUGCAGCCGCCGCGGCGGGUACGAGCAGCGGCCAGGUGGAGAUGUCGGUUGGCUCCGAGGGCACAGGCGUACUCACUGGCAGCCAGUUGGGAGGAGCGGUGAAGCGGCGGCGGGAGGCGACUGCGGAAGAGGCGGCUACUGUUGCGGCAGCAGCGGCAGAUGAGCAGCAGCAACAACAACAACAAGAAGCGCUGGCGGCGGUAAACGGCAUGCCGGCAGGGUACCUGGCCGCAUCGGAGAUGGACGUGGAGGUUGAGGCUGCGAACGGCGGCCUCUCACACGCUUCCGCGCUUGCCCUCUGGCAACAGCAGCUGCAACAGCAGCAAAGCGCGAUGGGUCCGGACGCCAUGCAUGCCAUGAUGUUCGCGUCCGGACAGGCGCUCGGCGGCGGUGAGGGCUCGGUGGGCAGUCCCUUCGCAGCGGGUGUAGGCGGCGGCCAGGGGGGUCGUGGCGGCGGCGGCAGGUCGCGCCCAGCCAACAACGGUUACCUCGCCAACGGUCAACCGAACCGAGGAGGAGGAGGAGGCGCCGGUGGCAGCGGUGGUGAUGAGGAGGUGCCCUCGCUGCAUGGGGGCAUGUCGCCGGAGGGUGCGAUGACCCAUGUGCUGCCGCGUGCUGCUAGGAACAUCGAGGGGCUGUUGCCGUCACGUCCGCUGCUGCACAACCCCUACGUUCCCAGCAGCGGCGACCCGUCGGCGGACCUGGCACUGUCCAAGAUUGCCACAAGCGGGUGCCGCCAAGUGGAGGCGGAGCUUCUGGGCGGAACCACGGGUCGCGCUGGUCACACGGGUCGCUGCGCCGUCUGCGUCAUUCAGCGCAAGGGCAAAUGCGGCACCGAGAGCGCCCCCAAGAAGUGCCUCCGACGUCAGCUGGUCGCACUGCAGCGCGCCACAACCGCCGCCGGCGGCGCCGGUUCAGGCGGUGAAGACGCCGAGGAGCCGCAUCACCACCUCAACAUCCAGCAACAGCACCACCAACAACAACAGCUGCUGCAGCAACAUCAACAACAGCUGUACGAGCACGGUAUCGUCGAUCCAUCGCAGCAGCAGCAGCAACAACAACAACAGCUACAACAGUCGUAUUUUGACGAACGGGCGAUUGCUGCCGCGGCCGAGAUGCGGGCACGAGAGCGGGCCCGGCGGGAAACCUGGUCGUUGCCGCUGGGGCAGGGAAGUGGGGCCACGGGUCGACGGCCGCCGCAGUCUUACGUCCCGCAGGGUCUGUGAGGGAUCAUGUGGGUCAGGUGGCCUUAUGUUGGAUGUUCUGGUGCAUGGUAGACUGUGAAAGGUCAGUUUGUAAACAGCGCGGUGUUGCGGGGCGGUGGGCGUGGUUGAGGGCAUGGCGAGGAAAAAGCUGGAUGUGCGUUGCCAAGCUGAGAUGUGGGUAUGACUUGUUAAUUGGAGAAAUCCCUAAGCAAAGUAACCAAACAAUGGGAUAAUGGCAUGUGCGCAUGCUAGCGGUUUGGAAGGGUGCUUUGGGAGUUUGGGUGGGCGGCGCGUGUUUCGGUGCAGGAGGGGGGCGUACAUGGGCAGGUAUGCCGAGGUGAGGACGCGUCAGUUUCUUUGGAGCCAUCCAAGCCAUCGCGCUACUCAUGUAGGUGGGGUACGACGGUAUAGGGCCUUCGGGUUGCCUUGAUCCCUCGGGCGGGAGGGCGGGAGGGCGGGAGGCUUGAUGUUCGUCCACUUUGAAACCGACCCAUUGCAAGUAACUCUGAAACCUUUUGAAGCACUCGGGUCCUGCCGCGCCAGCUAUUAAUGCCGUGGCGGCAAAUGUGAACCUGUUUUGGGUUUGGUUUGAUGGAUGAUGGCCCCCUUUUCACGGCCUUCAUGUUUUGUUUUUUCUUUGGGAUUGGGUAAGGGUCGCGUACUGAACACACAGACCGCAGCAGCACUGCCGUUGUUGGUUGGUUGGUUGAUGAUUCGCUUGUCGGUUUUGGAACAACCCAGUGGUUUUUAGACGUUUUGGUCGUUUGGGUACCCUGAUGACGGCGUUUGCGAUAUUGCGGACGGGGAACUGUGAUAGCCCUGACACUGUCUUCCGGAAGAAAAGGUACCUGUUGGUUGGUUCGUCUGUUUGUUUGGAGGUGCCCGUCCGUCCGUCUUUGAAGACUGUAAACGUUCCGGCGGCAAGCACCGCUGUUGGUGCGAGUUCCGCCUUGUUUGGCUUGUUUGACAUAAAAAAGAAACAUUUUCUGUUGGUGCGUAGGUGCACUGCUGUAGGAGGGGGUUGUAUGGGGUUAUACCACAGCCCGCAACAACAGCCUUCGUGGGCAGGGAUCUCGCCUGCAAGCCAAGAAGCCGCUGCCGAACCCCAACAGUGUAUGGCACGUUGGCGCAGCCAAAGCGGCGGUCUAGCGCCGCUGCUUUGGAAGCGCCAUGCAGCGAUCCCUGCGCUACCCGUGCGUUGACCGGAUUUGACCGUACUGACGCAAUUCCCGGUUUAACGUUUGUGUAUGUCGGGUUUAUAUCGUCGCACCAUCCCACGUGCAAUUGCCAUUUUAGUAGUUUGUUUCUUUGUUUGUUUCCUUUUGUUUAGUAUCGCUUUGUGUGCCUUUUGCGGAUGCCUCGUGCGGAGGAUGUUAGGGAGGCAGGUGGGCUUGGGGACGCGGAAGGCGUUUCCAGGACGUUGGUUGGCCUUCCAAUGACCCAUGUGGUCAAGUGCAAUGCCGUUCUUGACGCCAAGGCGUUCCUGUUGUUUUGGGCCCCAACUAGAACUGAAAGUGACAUCCACGAAACUAACCUUCCGGUGCCUGUAAUGGUGUGUGUGUUUUAGCAUGUUUGUAGCAUCGAGGCGUAUGAUGAUAACACAUGUUUGGGCCCCUUUAGCCCUUGUUGCUUCCCUGUUUUGGCGCCCUUUGCGUCCUGACGAUAACUGUUAGAUCGCUCCCCACAAACAAGCGCGCGAUUGAAGCCUUUGAACUCCCCGUUUGAUUGCUCUCGCCGAUAGCUGCACGCUCGAGCCUGCGAUUAUUUUAAUCGUGUUUUUGGUACAUGGCCGCGGGGGCUGCUGGUGGUGGUGUGGCGCAUGAUGAUGCCCUUGUGCAAGGCCUCGAUGACCUGCUCAUGGGGGGCCGUGCUUAGGUUACGCCUUGGUAACGCAUGUAAGGGUAUCAGGCAACCAGACCAACAACGCGACAGUUGCAGUUGGGGUUUGGGAUUUGCGCCUUUUCGGGAGGGCGAGGUGCAAGGUAGCGGUCGCAUGGAUGCUGAUUGCUGUGGUGAUAUGUUUCGGAGGCACUUUGUGCGUGUCCCGUGUUUUGUGGCACGUGGGCAGGACCCUGUGGCAGCAACAGGAGGUGGCUCCCCAUCAGUUUACUUGGCUCGCUUGAGGCGGGUUUCCCUUACCUGCGCAGUGCUCGGCUCCAGCAUUUGUGAGCCGCUUCGGUUGCGUCUGGGACCAUUGCGUGGAGCUGCUGGGUAAGUUGGUGGAGGAAAGGAAGGCGGCGUGUUCCGUGGUUGCUGCAAGGAGGGUGAUGGUUUGGGAUGGUGGCUUCCUGCAAACGUUGCAUACGAGUUUCGGCACGUGUGACACUCGCCUUGUUGUGGCUGUCAUGAUGUCCGCGUCAACACGCAGUGCACAGCUCUAAACCAGCUGUGUUCUUGGCUUAACAACCCAUUAGUGUCUGCAGUGCACUGCUAGUGGUGUGAUGGUUUUGUAGGCGGCUGGCUUUACCCUCCGGCAUUGGCGGGUACCGGCCAUGUUUGCUUGUUUUCUUUGAUUGAGGGUCGGCGAUGCUGAUGGUGAUGAUGCAACCCAUGAGGGCUAGGUGCAUUGGCGGUAGGGGUGUUGCUUGGUUUGCUGAGUAAGGUGUGUCCUGUUUACGGUAUUUUGGUGUUUACGUUUUCGGUUGUUCGUCUAGGCCACAUGCUCAGACUGCCUCAUUUAGAUUGUGUGUUAAAAUGUGUAUGUGUCUGUACCCUUGUUGUAGGAUGUUGUCGUCGUCGUCGUGGUGUAAAGCCAGUGGUUAUACCCUUCCCAGAAGAGGAACUGCUCGAAAAGUGCGAGUUUGGAGUCCAUUUGCGGUUUUGUUCCCGUGCCGUUUUGUAUUCUUUUUGGAAUUGAGGAGAAGCCAUGUGCCUUAAUAAAAGAGUCGCUUGUUGUGUGUCUUUGGGAACCCCUUGGGAAUCCCUUUGUUCGCAGACAAGAGUACGGUCGGAACGUCAUCGGGCACCGAAAGCACUCAUGCACGGGUUUCGCAUGCCCAAACUGUAUACCGGUAUCGGGCUUACUUUUGGUUGCGUCUGCCGUCCAUUCCACUGUGAUAUCUCCACGCCUUGCAUGCCGUACAGAGCGGUUUGGCGCCUGGGGGCAAGGCAAGACGUCCGAAUGUUGCUACCUCUGCAUGACCUCUUCACGUGUGGCUGUUUUUAAUGAUGAAGAUUUGGAGGGCUGUGGUUCCAGGGGCUUGAAACGGUCGAGGACGCUCGUUCACUUCGGGCAGGGGGAACUUGCCUCCCCCUAAACCUGUAGACGAAUGAGCGGUUACGCAUUUGAUAUGGGCUUUUAAUGGUUGCUGCGAUUUGCCACUUAUCGACCGAAUGUGACUAAACGCUGGCAUUGAAA